AUGCAGUCAUCAGCACCAAAACGCCUGCCUUUGUUUGGCCCGCCGAGGGCUUGGAGGACCGAGGAAUGGACUGCGUCCGAUGAUCGGGUGCGCGGAGGUAGCUCCCAGUCUUACCUUGAGCCAUCGAGCGACCUGAUCAAAGCCACUUUCCGCGGUCACCUGGAUACGCAAACUCUUGGAGGUGCUGGCUUUGCGUCCCAGCGCACGACUUCUACAGACAAGACUUGGGACGUCUCGCCAUAUGACGGGAUUGAAUUAAUCCUUGCAAGAGGUGAUGGAAAGCGGUACACGCUGGUUAUCAAGACAGAUCUGCCUGCUAAGAGGCCAGAUGGACGCGACGAAAGCACAGUGUCGUACGAGUAUACUUUCCUGGCACAUGACUCUAAGGAGGAGCAAGUGAUUUUCAUUCCUUGGGAUGCUUUCAAGCCUUAUUACAGGGGUAAGCCGAAGAACGAUGCGGCUGAGUUGGACUUGAAGGCGAUCAAGAGGUGGUCGUUCAUGUGCAGGUCAUUUUUCGCCGAGCAGGAAGGUGACUUCAAGGUCGUGAUCAUGACUGUCCAGGCUGUUCUGAACUCAUCAAAGAGAUCAUCAGUGGAUCCGAUCAGGAUAUGUGGUGGGUCGCUAUGUUCGAUGAUGUGA